AUUGCCAAAGUCUGAAAGCAAGAACUUCCGGAUAGAUGUCCUUAGGUUCAAAAUUUAGGACUUUGUGUCAUAUAUUUUGACAAGUUUAUAACAGUAUCGUUCUGAAAAAGAGGGCAUGCUUAUGUAAUUAAAUUUCAUUGGUUUAACAAAUUGAUAAAUCCGAAAACAAUGGCAAUGCGUAACUUGGUGGAUGGGGAAUGUGGUGGGACAAAUUCUUUAAUGAAACUUACAUCACACAUGACCAAAGACAGAGCAAUGAGACAGGAGGGAUUUCUGCCCAGCAGGCCUGGUUCCAGAGUUCAACAUCCUAUUGAAAGACCACUUGCAGAAGCAGCUCCCCAUGAAUUGGUAGAUGAAUUCCUUGGUAGUCAGCGUGUUGCCAUGGCACCACAGACAUUCCAUAUGGGCAGUUUACUGCAGGAGAUGAGGGAGAUUGAGGGUGCAGAACAACACUUUGUACCACAAAGAGCACCAGCAAUUGCAGAGAUGGCUAUUACAGACCCAGGAGGGUGGGCUAGUGAGUUCUUAGCAACAGAGAAUGAAAAGCCUGAUGAUUGGUCACACGAGUUUCAUGGUAACAUCCCUAGCAACCAGUUGGCUAGAGUUCCACCAAUGAACAUGAAGUGGGCAGAGGAAUAUUUAGACCAGACAGAACACAGACCUUGGACUGAAGAGUCAGAAAGAGAGAUUUUAGACGAUAACAAAUGGAUUGAUGAUUUCCAAUCUUCUGAAGGGGACUUGCAGAAAACUGCACAAGAUUUACUGGACAGUGUUGAUGAUCCAAAACUAAACAGCUCAGAGUUCAUGAGAUUUGUAAAAAAGAUCAGUGAGGGUGAUGUAACAAUUAAAGAUAAUGAAGUUAUAGAAAAAUCGGUUGAUGAAAAAUCUGAGGAAUGGGCGAAUGAGUUUGCUAUGAAAGGUCAAGAAACUCUUCCAAAUAGUCAGAGAUCUCUGGUAGACAAAUGGGAGGAGGAGUUUAUGUCAGAGAAGAGUGUGAAUGAUGCUGAGUUCUGGGAGAAACUGGAACAACAUUGGCAAGAUGUAGCACAGACAGGAGAAGAAAAUGCCUGGUUGACAGACUUUGAGGAUUCUCAGCCCUAUAAGGAGUACAAAUUUGAAGAAGACAACCCAUUGAUGAAUCACCCAGAUCCUUUUCAAGCGGGUCUUGAGAAGUUACAGCAGGGAGAUAUACCAAAUGCUGUGUUGUUGUUUGAGGCUGCUGUAAAGAAAGAUGAAACACAUGCUGAGGCAUGGCAGUAUUUGGGCACAACACAGGCAGAAAAUGAACAAGAACCUGCGGCCAUUGCAGCUCUCAAUAAAUGUUUAGAGUUGGAUUCCGGUAACCUCGUAGCCUUGAUGUCACUGGCUGUCAGUUAUACCAACGAGUCGCUGGCAUCUCAUGCCUGUCACACACUCAAACUCUGGCUGAAAAACAAUCCGAAAUACACGCAUCUCGUACCUGAACCGGUGGAGGCACAACCUAAAGUAUCCUCAUAUGUUUCCAGUCAUGAACAUCAACAGAUCCAAGGUUUAUACAUCAGUGCAGCACGUGCCGUGCCUCAGGGAGAAAUAGACGCAGAUGUACAGAGCGGUCUCGGAGUUUUGUUCAACUUGAGUGGAGAAUAUGAUAAAGCUGUAGAUUGCUUUUCUGCUGCACUACAAGUCCGUCCAAAGGAUGCCUUACUAUGGAACAAACUUGGUGCAACAUUAGCCAAUGGUAGUCGUAGUGAGGAAGCUGUGGAUGCUUACCAUAAUGCAUUGCAUCUGUCACCCGGUUUCAUACGAUCCCGAUAUAAUCUUGGUAUUGCUUGCAUUAAUCUUGGAGCCCACAAGGAGGCGGUUGAGCAUUUUCUUGCUGCCUUAAGUAUGCAAAAACAGAGUCACGGAAUGAAAGAUCCGCAGUCAGUGAUGUCUCAGAAUAUCUGGAGUACCUUAAGAAUGGCAAUUUCACUUAUGGGUAGGCCCGAACUUUACCAGUACUGUGAUAAUAAAGACGUGGACUCACUAAACAAUGUGUUCGGUAUGAAUUCAAAUUCUUGAUGGAAAAUUAAUGAUGGAAAGCUUGACGAUGGUUCAGUGAUUUUAAAUGGCUCAAUUUUAUCACAGAGAGGAAAAUUUGUUAGUGAUUACGACUGUGAUUCUGACUCAUAUGUCAGGGAAAAAGAAGAUAUUUGUGAAAUGAAAGGAUAUCAACAGCUUAGGAAUGGCAGAAAUAAUCAGAGUAAAAGUGGUUUUGAUUCUGACUUUGUAGAGAUUACCAGUAAAAUAAUUGAGACAGAUAAAAUGAAAAAGGUUUCACAUGGUGGAAGGGACAAGAAAAAAAUUGAAACUACAUCAACAUUUAUAGGGCAUGUUGUUGCAAAUCAGUGUGGGAUAAUGCUUUCUACACAAAAAGGAGAAUCAUGUUUAACACUAUACUCAGAGAAAAUGAAAACUAAUUAUGCAAAAUCAUGUGAUUUAGAUAACAAUUUUGAUAAGGAAGAGGGUGUUUCCUCUGAGAGUACGGACAAUUGUGCAUCAAAUUGUUUUGCUGAGAGUGAAGAAUGUUUGCCAGGUGUUCUUAAACUGAUCUUUGAUUGAAAAAGUGAACCAGCAAAUUGUGAAUGGGAAAUCCCAUAUAAGGAUGAGAUGCUUAAAACAAUAGUUUCUGGCUUUGUCUUCUAAUAGGGUUAGGGUUGGGUUUUUUUUUCGUCAUCACAAGUCAUUGACAUUGUAGGUCUGUUUUAUCCCUGUUACAAUCAGAAUUUUAAUCAAAGCCUUGAAGUGUCUGAUGGUUGUGGGGUUUCGGUAGAUUUAUUUUCUGUUUAAAUGCCAUUCUAUGAAUAUACAUGAAUGAAAAACAAAAACAAAUUUAAUGUGCCUCAUAUCUAAGAUGAACUCUGCCUGACCCAGCUUGUGGUGUAACCAUGGGCUGGAAUACCUUAUCAUUGAUAGAUCUUAUAUAAUCUAAAUGGUCAGUGUGAGUGGAUACAGGUUGAAUAAGAACUGCUUGUUCAUUGAUAAUUCAUCCGCACUGUUCAUGAAUGGGACUAUUUUGUGUAGCACAUGAACAUCCUUUGGAUGUGAUUCGGAAUAAAAUAAAGAUGUUAUGAUUGUCAGAAAUACACUUUAACUUUGGUAGCGGGAUAAACACGCAACCAAAAACAAAUCAUCAACAUACCAUUGAUAUAUAAAAAUUCAAAAAGUUCCUAAUAGCUGUACUGCCCUUGGAGUUCGUUAGAAUGGUGUAUGAUAUCGAUGGUGUUGCACUAUAUUUAACCUUUAACCUACUGGCGGCAAGUGAUUCUGUCUUUGCUACCAAUGCAGACCAUAAAUCUGCUUGCACAUCCUUGCAAGCUAUUCUUGGUCUGCAUGGUUCACUAUUUAGUCAGUAAAUUUGCAGUGAACACCCCUUUGAGUAAUAAGUGGUACUGCCCAAAUUGAAUGAUGAACCAGUUCAUUUUAGAAAUUUAGCAGAGUAAAGUCUAAAGAGAAGUCAAGGAAAUCCCU